CCUUCCCUCCGCCCUCCCCCGCCGGCCCGCCCGUCAGUCAGUUGGGCAGUCGGUCUGGGAGGUUGUGGGUUCUGUAGCUCUUCUGCGCGUCGCCCUCCUUCCUUCUCCCUGGUCAGCGGCAGCGGUUGCACCGGCGGCGGCGCGGUCCCUUCGGGAGGCGCGGCAGGAGCGGAGCGGCGGCCACCGAGUGUCGAGCCCAGCGCGGCGGAGGCGGCGGCGGCCCGGCAGCCAACAUGGCGGCGGCGGCGGCGGCGGCGGCGGCGGGCGCGGGCCCGGAGAUGGUCCGCGGGCAGGUGUUCGAUGUGGGGCCGCGCUACACCAACCUCUCGUACAUCGGCGAGGGCGCCUACGGCAUGGUGUGCUCUGCUUAUGAUAAUAUCAACAAAGUUCGAGUAGCUAUCAAGAAAAUCAGCCCUUUUGAGCACCAGACCUACUGCCAGAGAACCCUGAGGGAGAUAAAAAUCUUACUGCGCUUCAGACAUGAGAACAUCAUUGGAAUCAAUGAUAUUAUUCGAGCGCCAACCAUCGAGCAAAUGAAAGAUGUAUAUAUAGUACAGGACCUCAUGGAAACAGAUCUUUACAAGCUCUUGAAGACGCAACACCUCAGCAAUGACCAUAUCUGCUAUUUUCUUUACCAGAUCCUCAGAGGUUUAAAAUAUAUUCAUUCAGCUAAUGUUCUGCACCGUGACCUCAAGCCUUCCAACCUGCUGCUCAAUACAACCUGUGAUCUCAAGAUCUGCGAUUUUGGCCUGGCUCGUGUUGCAGAUCCAGACCAUGAUCACACAGGGUUCCUGACAGAAUAUGUAGCCACACGUUGGUACAGGGCUCCAGAAAUUAUGUUGAAUUCUAAGGGCUACACCAAGUCCAUUGAUAUUUGGUCUGUAGGCUGCAUCUUGGCAGAAAUGCUCUCCAACAGGCCCAUCUUUCCAGGGAAACAUUAUCUCGACCAGCUGAACCACAUUCUGGGUAUUCUUGGAUCUCCAUCACAAGAAGACCUGAAUUGUAUAAUAAAUUUAAAAGCUAGAAACUAUUUGCUUUCUCUUCCACACAAAAAUAAGGUGCCAUGGAACAGGCUGUUCCCAAAUGCUGACUCUAAAGCUCUGGACUUACUGGACAAAAUGUUGACAUUCAACCCUCACAGGAGGAUUGAAGUAGAACAGGCUCUGGCCCACCCGUAUCUGGAGCAGUAUUAUGACCCAAGUGACGAGCCCAUUGCUGAAGCACCAUUCAAGUUUGACAUGGAAUUGGAUGACUUGCCUAAAGAAAAGCUCAAAGAACUCAUUUUUGAAGAGACUGCUAGAUUCCAGCCAGGAUACAGAUCUUAAAUUUGUCAGGACAAGGGCUCAGAGGACUGGACAUGCUCAGACAUCGGUGUUCUUCUUCCCAGUUCUUGACCCCUGGUCCUGUCUCCAGCCCGUCUCGGCCUAUCCACUUUGACUUCUUUGAGCUGUUCAGAGGGGCGGUUCCUGGUAGUUGUGGCUUUUAUGCUUUCAAAGAAUUCCUUCAGUCCAGAGAAUUACUCCUGGCAACCCUGUGUGUGUCACCCAUGGGUGACUGCAACAGUACGUACUUCAGUGCACCUACUGCUUACUGUUGCUUUAGUCACUAAUUGCUUUCUGGUUUGAAAGAUGCAGUGGUUCCUCCCUCUCCUGAAUGUUUUUCUACAUGACGCCCUGCUGACCCAUGCAGCCACACCAGAGAGAGAUUCUUUCCAAGUUGGCUCCAGUCACUGGCAUCUCACUUUAUGAUAGGGAAGGCUACUACCUAGGGCACUUUAAGUCAGUGACACCCCCUUAUUUGCACUUCACGUUUUGACCAUAACUGUUUUCCCAGAGCAGGAGCUUGUGGAAAUACCUUGGAUGAUGUUGCAGCCUGCAGCAAGUGCUUCCAUCUUGGGAAUCCUUUGGGAGCACUUGUUAGCAUCUUUUGUCGUAUCAUGUUAGUUACUAACAUUUAAGGUAUGUGCUUUUUGCCCAGCUUUUAGAAAAGCCAGUCAUUUUUCUAAACAAAAAGGAAGUACUAAACCCAGCAGUGUCAUUCUGUAGAUUUACUGUGGUUACCCGAAUCAUUUAUGGAGGUAUAACACAUGCCAAAAUGUGUUAUGUGCAGUACUUCAGUACUUCAUGUUUGCAAGACUUACAUAAAAAGAUUUAAAGUGGCGGCUUCACUGGGCAUUUGGUGAGAGACAUACAAAGGUCACAGCACCAAGCUGUGGCAGUUUCUAGGGAUGUCCCAGGGUGGUGCUCCACACGCUGGUGCACAUACACCCUGAGCUACUUCACACUUGCGUGUUUCAGCAACCACAUCCAAUGUCUGAAGAUUUAGCAGAGAGGAACACUGCGUCUUUAAAUGAGAAAGUAUACAAUUCUUUUUCCUUCUACAGCAUGUCAGCAUUUCAAGUUCAUUUUUCAACCUACAGUAUAACAGUUUGUAAUAAAGCCGUCACGAGCUCAUGACAUGAAAUACUGUUGUGUCAAGUACUCUCAAAUAAUUCUGAUACUGCUAAGCUAAGACCAUCAGAAAAAGCUAGCCUAAGUCGUGUUUGGAGCUCUAUCCAUAUUUUACUGAUCUCUUUUAAGUAUUUGUUCCUACCACUGUGUACUGUGGAGUUGACUCGGUGUUCUGUCCCAGUGCGGUGCCUCCUCUUGACUCCCCCACUGCUCUCUGUGGUGAGAAAUUUGCCUUGUUCAAUAAUUACUGUACCCUCGCAUGACUGUUAACAGCUUUCUGUGCAGAGAUGACUGUCCAAGUGCCACAUGCCUAUGAUUGAAAUGAAAAAUCUAUUGUUACCUCUAAGUUGUGUUCCACGGAAAAUGCUAUCCAGCAGAUCAUUUAGGAAAAAUAAUUCUAUUUUUAGCUUUUCAUUUCUCGGCUGUCCUUUUUUUCUUGUUUGAUUUUUGACAGCAAUGGAGAAUGGGUUAUAUAUAAAGACUGCCUGCUAAUAUGAACAGAAAUGCAUUUGUAAUUCAUGAAAAUAAAUGUACAUCUUCUAUCUUCACACUCAUGUUAAGAUUCGGUGUUGAUUUCCUCUGGAUCAGUGUGUCUGAAUGGACAGUCAGGUUCACUUCCUGCUUAACACAAAAAUACUCACAGACCUCACUUCGCCACCUGGGCACUGCCCCAGCACUUGGGUUUAUGUGCGCUGAUUUAAAAAGGUAUUUCUGUAGGGUCCUUUUUGCCUCUGCACAGCAGAGAAUCAGUUCUGUCAUGUUCCUUUAUUCAGGUCAUAGAUCUCAAACCUUGAUGAAGAAGCCCAGACAUCUCAGGUUGGAUUCUUUGGCUCUCUCUAAAGAGGACCUGCCCUUGUGCCCUAGAGCCACUGUUUGGCACAACCUAAUGCUGGGAGGGGCUGUCCAUAGCACCCAGCCCAGAGUGCUGGUGCUCACUCCUCUUGUGGCUAAGGAAGGAUGACUGACAUCCUCGGAAAUCAGAACCACAUCUCAAUUCUUGCCCUAAAAUAUAUGCUUUUCACUUCCAUGCUCAUAGCUGUCUUGUGAAGGUCCACACAGCAUCGACAGGAUAUAAAGAUUUGACUAGUAUCUGAUAUAAACUAGGUCAGUUUUCAUUUUAAAAAGAGCAUUGAGAGUUUUAUUACUCAUUUCUUUAUACUUUUUAAAUGGAAUGUUAGUAUUAUUAUGAGGUUAAUUUGAAGUCCUCUUCUAAGUAGAAAACCAUAGCCUCGGCUACUAAUGUCUGGGGACUGAGCUCUUUCCCAUCCCCUUGCUGGAACUGUGCAAACUGGCAUGAAACCACUAACAGCAUUCUAGAGUCACUGUAACCAGAAGUUGUGUGCUUUUUACUAAUCAUGCCAAACAUAAUUUAACAAGUGAGAUAACUGUCAUAGCUAAGGUACCUAUGAAAAAUACUAGCUAUUAUGUGUAGUAGACUUGCAGCAUUUUGGCUUUUAACAUUUAUAAAAAUGUACAGAUAUGGCUGCCUAAAUUCAUACCGGUGAUACUGAACAAAACCUCCACUAUAGGUAUGUUCAAAUAAGCUUUCAGACUAAUGGCUUUUUGGGUGUCUAAAAUGUAAGCAAAAAAUUCCUGUUCAAACAUUCCAGUCCUUUCAUUUAGUAUGAAACAAAUACCUAACAAGCCAGUGGGAUGAAUUUGAGAGAACUCAUAGUGAGGAUUCUGUCCUGACUUAAGUCUGCAAAGCUGACACACAGACUGCUGUGACAUUUGGGUAGAAAAAUAUUGUAUUCCGUGUGCAGUACACAGCACGUGGUGUGUUCACACUCAUUUCACACUCAUUCCUUCUGCUUUCGGGCACAGGCAACGGGUGCGGAAGUAACCAAUAGCUUUGAGAAGCUACACGUGGCUCACCAGUGGUUGUCUUUGAGGAAUCAUUAAAGUACACUGCCCAUGUCACACAAUAUUCAGACCAUUCAGAGGAGACUGUUUUAUUUGCUUAUAUGUUAAUAUGGUUUUUAAAUUGGUAACUUUUAUAUAGUAUGGUAACAGUAUGUUAAUGCACACACAUACAUAUGCACACAUGCUUUGGGUCCUUCCAUAAUACUUUUAUAUUUGUAAAUCAAUGUUUUGGAGCAAUCCCAAGUUUAAGGGAAAUAUUUUUGUAAAUGUAGUGGUUUUGAACAUCUGAGCAAUCCUUUUGCUUGUGCAUUUUUAAAGCAUUUGUGCUUUAAAAUUGUUAUGCUGGUGUUUGAAACAUGAUACUCCUAUAGUGCGGAUGAGAAGCUGUAACCGUGAAUAUGUGGUUUCUCUUACUGUCAUCCACCUCAAUGUGACAGAGCAGAAACAAUGGGAAUCUAGAGCAAAUCCUCUAGGAUUGCACCAGGUUUACCUAAAGCUUGUUGCCUUUUUGUGUGCUGUUUAUCUGUGUAGAGCACUCAAGAAAGUUUUAAAACUGCUUUGUAUCUGCUUUGUACUGUUGGUGCCUUCAUGGUAUUGUACCCCCAAAUUCUGCAUAGAUUAUUUAGUAUAAUGGUAAGUUUUUAAAAAAUGGUAAAGGAAGAUUUUAUUAAGAAUUUGAAUGUUUAUUCAUUAUAUUGUUACAAUUUAACAUUUAUUUGUGGUAUUUGUGAUUUGGUUAAUCUGUAUAAAAAUUGUAAGUAGAAAGGUUUAUAUUUCAUCUUAAUUCUUUUGAUGUUGUAAACGUACUUUUUAAAAGAUGGAUUAUUUGAAUGUUUAUGGCACCUGACUUGUAAAAAAAAUGAACUACAAAAAAAACCUUAGAAUCAUUAAAUUGUGUCCCUGUAUUACCAAAAUAACAGUACUGUGCAUGUAUAGCUUAAUUGCAACUUCAUAUGUAAAAGUAUGAAACUGUCUAAUCCUUUAUUACAGCAUUUCCCAAAUAA